AUGCCCCCUCCUGCAGUCCCUUAUACUGCCUAUCUUGCCACUAUAUGGGCUUUAGUCGCUGUGUCGGGCAUCACGCUAGUCUGUCGUCUAGUUUCACGUUUUAAGGGCCCGCAUCGUCUCUUUUGGGACGACGGCCUUGUAAUUUUCCCCUGGAUUUUGAGCCUGGUCGUCGCCGCGUUAUGGCAAUGGGCGGCUACGGACAUGUAUUAUAUCAUGAAUGUGCAGGCCGCGUUGGAUGUCUAUCACCCAGAUACAUACAUGGUUAGCCUCAGAAACUGGCUAAAUGCAUCGUUGAUUGCUGAGCUCUUCUUCUAUACGGCCUUGUUUUCUAUCAAGUUAUCAUUUCUCCUCUUCUUUCGCCGCCUAGGUAGCGGGAUAAACCACUUCAAGUACAUCUGGUGGCCAGUGCUUUUCGUUACUUCUGGAAGCUAUUUUGGCUCUGUCGGAAACGUCGACUAUAAGUGCCUCGUCGGAACCAUUGAGCAAAUCACUGGAGUAUGCCAGCAGGAGCAUGAGCUCGCAUUUACGACAGCAACCCUUAAGGCUAAUGCUGCCCUUGAUGUUCUUACCGAUUUUAUGAUUAUGCUUCUCCCUACAAUUCUAGUAUGGAACACUCAGAUAAGGUGGUCUAAGAAACUAGCGCUCAUCGGACUCUUUUCGCUUUCUAUCAUAACUAUAGUUGUUGCUAUCGUUAGGGCGGUCAUGGUAGAUUCAGAAAGACGACCCGAUGGCAACCCUGACGUUACUUGGCUCUGGUUCUGGAGUGCCAUUGAGCCGUCCGUUGCCAUCAUGGUGUGCUGCGGGUCUGCCUUUCCGCAGCUUUUCACUGCAUCAACACGCAGCUCCAAGAAACCCCAAUUCUCCCCAUCAGAGACAUACCUUCGCAUGAUAUCACGCAUCCGUUCCUCGCGGAAGCAGCAGCAUACCGAAGACGAAGCCAGAUGGCUCGACCUCACAGCGGUAUCUCAGAAUAGUAGAGGCGAAUUUGACAGCCACUGCCGUACUAUGGUUGUCAACAAUAGUCACGUCUAUGAUGCUGACCCCGAGUUGGGAUAUGGGAGCAUGGUCUAUCAGGCGAACAUCUGGAAAGAAGACCCCAUAUUGGUUCCGCGUGGUCCCGGGCCGAUACCCGGCAUUCAUACGUACAUUAGUACGUCGUCACAGAAUACGGUUGUAAGCCCCGAGAACCAGAUCACCCAACACUUGGAAUUUGAGAUCUCGAGAUCAAAUAAGCCGCCGGGGACUUAG